AACUCGACCGUGUUCUACUAGAAGAACACUAGGCGGAACGGAAUCAGAAAAUUUAUUACAUGAAUACCAUAAAUUGAUAUAUACUUCAAAUCGUUUCUUUCCCAAGUCAAUUAGUAAAUUUAUUAUUACUAUAAAUACAGUUGAAUAAAUAAAAUGAAUAUUUCCCUUAAACGCCGCUGUCUUUUAAUGUUCACAAUGCUGCGUUUGAAACGAAUCGCUAAUUUCCUUUCGUAAAAGAAAAAAAUCAAUAAGCGAAAAUGGUGGUGAUGUGAGAGAUUUACGCGUUUCCCAUAAACGAAACUAGUCUUUUAGCGUUUUGCCGUUCCCGCUUCUUCACCGUGACUUGCGAGGGAAGAAGAAAGAAACACACUACUGAAGAGAGAGCAACUAGUCCUCGCCACCAUGAAUAACCUCAGUGGAGCAACAACCACCGUGUCGAAUCAGAAUCAACGACAGCAGCGACGGGCGACGAUCCACGUGUUACCUGACGAGGUGGCGUUACGAGUCGUCUGCCACGCGUCGGUUAUAGGCGGCAUAAUCGGAUCAAACGGCUACGUAGUCUCCACGCUCCGUCGCGAGACCGGUACCAAAAUCCACUGCGAGUCUCCGGUGAACGGUUCCGACCACUGGGUGGUAUUCAUCGUCGGAUCAACCGCCGUUAACAAAAGCUUUCUGUUGACUGACAGAGUCGGAGGCUUCGCCGGCGGUGAACACGAGGGUUGGGUGACUUGCGAGGUCUCCGCUGCUCAGAUGGCGUUGAUCAGGGUUUUGGAGAGGUCGUGGGCGGUUCUGGCGGCGAAGGAUAGCGGCGGAGUCGUGGUGGGGGAUGAUAAAGAAGCUUACUGUGGGAUUCUCGCUGAUCGGAGUCAGAUUGGUGCUGUUUUGGGGUUGGGAGGGAAGAGCGUGGAGUGGAUGCGGAGAAACUCCGGCGCGAUGAUUAGGGUUUUGCCUCCUCCGAGUUGUGGUACGAACAGUGAUGAACUGAUUCAGAUUACUGGCGAUGUCUUGGCUGUGAAGAAGGCACUGGUUAUGGUAUCAAAUUUUCUUCAGAAUAGUCCACCUCUCAAUGGCUAUCCACCGCCACUUUGCAGCAAGGCCUAUGACUCAUCUACUGACGAUCCUCACUCUGAGUUUUUACCAAGUCUGCGCUCUUCAUUGCCCAAUGCUUCUGUAACUGCUGCGUCCAAUACUCAUACACCAUCAAGAAACCGUUUUCAAGAUUCAAUAGAUACAUACCGGAAGGUUGUGCUCAAAUUAAUCUGCACAAGUGUUGCAGCUGGAGGCAUAAUUGGGAGACAAGGAACUAUCAUCAGAGCUAUGCAGAUUGAAGCAGGUGCUUCUAUUUCCAUUGGAGCUCCAUUAAAAGCAUCCGGUGAACGUGUUGUUACCAUUACUGCACGUGAGAGCCUUGAGUCAGGGAACUCUCCUGCACAAAAGGCUCUGGGUCUUGUCUUUGCAAGAUCUGUUGAGAUUGAUGUUGGGAAAAGUCUGUUCCCGGGUGCUUUAGUGAAAGCUAAGCUACUGGUACCGUCACAGUUUGCUAAUGACUUUGUUGGAAAAAGAGAAGCAGUCAUGGUAACUGGUGUUGAUAUACACAUUCCAGUAGGUAGCCAGAUUCUAGACUGUCUUUCAGAAAAUGAACUGGUUAUAGAGAUUAUGGGAGAGUAUAGGUAUGUAGAAAAGGCCUUGUGUCAGGUUUCUUCAAAGUUACGUGAGAACCUAAUACCAAAGAAGGCCGUAGAAGAAGUGAGAGCUAGAGUUAGUAAUCCAUAUAAUCUGCAACCAUCACAACAAAACGCAGGGAGAGACGAUUCUCUCUCGGUAUUAGAUGGUGAACAAGACUUGAAUAUGCUCAGAAUCAGUACAGAAGUAAUGAAGUCCAUCGAUUGUACUCAUACCGAGGCGAAUGAAGUCAACGGUUUUACACAUCCAACAAGCUUAUUGGAGAAUGGGUUGACACAGGGAAUGAAACAGCUUCAACUUUCUAGCAAUGGAUACUUGUCUUCUUUACCACCACGAAGUAAAGGUGUAUCUUUGAGAAACGUUACCUUGGAGCUAGCUGUUGAGAAAGAUGCUCUUGCUGCACUCUAUGGAAGAGAUGGUGCCGGUUUAGACAAUCUACAACAGAUUUCAGGAGCCAGAGUGGAUGUCAAGGAUUCUCUUAUAGGAGUUGAAGCGACGGUCUUACUCACUGGGAAUCCUGAGCAAACCCAGACAGCCAUGUCUUUGUUCAUUUCAAUCCUUUCUGAUCAGUGAUCAUUCUUCAGCCACUGUUGCGUUUUACAGCUCUGCUUUUGUACUUGAGAUGCGUUGUUUUUUUUUUUUUAAUUUCCUGGUAAAACUUAGUCUAUAUCCCAAUACUCCAACCUUUUCUGGA